AAGUAGGAAGCUUUGACUCGAAAUCUCGGUGAAGAAGAAGAGGAGAGACGAAACUGUUGUCUUAUUUCCGGCGCCGGGAACGUCGGAACUCCGGUGAACAGAGAAUGGGGAUGCAUUUGGCUGCUCUGUUUUUCAUUAUUUCACCACUCUGCGUUUUCUCCUCUGAAGUCCAGCUGAUAGGUUCUAAUCAAAACUUGGUCAAUGAUCUGGACGCAGCUAAGCUCAGAAUAUCUCAAUUGGAAGCUGUUCUUCAGGCGACCAUACAGAAGGUGGAUGCUAAGACCCUUUACUUGAAAGAGCGUGAGAAGUUGAUCCAAGUUGCUGAAAUUCAGAUCCAUGAUUUGCAGUCUGCUUCGUAUAGUGACGAGAGCGGCUUACCUUUGGUUCAAAAGAGGAUAAGCGAGUUGGAAGAAGAGGUUAAACGUCUAUGGGCUGCCUUGAGAACAACCAACUUCGAGCUUCACGUUUUAGAGGAUAAAGCUAGAGAAGCUAAGGAUAAACUUAAAGCUAAGGCUUUGGAAGUUGAACAGAUGACAGAAGCUGUUACGGAGCAGUGGAUUCAGGUCCAGCAUCUUGAGCAGAUGAGAGAAUUCAAUAACAGAAGGCAUCAAACACCUAGCAGAUGCACUCUUUUAAAGCUCAUGAGCAACAUCAAAAGAAAACAUCUGCCCAAAGUUGAUGAAGCAUUUGACAUUCACUGGAAGGGAAAGAAGGUUCUCUCAAUGCAACCGUAUCUCACACAAACCCUGUCACAGUUAAAAAGCCUCUGGGCAGCUGUUACUAAAUACCACCACCAGUUGCAAGGCUUCAUCGAGCAUGAGAUGGAAAGAACCGAGAUCACAGCAGCUCUUGCAAACAGAGAAGUGGUGUUUUUCAUGGCAUCUGCACUGAUUACUUUUCCGGUGUUUGGAGCAUGGAUCUUACUCUCUUCCUAGUUUGGUUUCUGGAUGACAUGAUCAACCGAUGCAUCAGCAAUUUUCAGAUUGGUUUUACUUCUCAUUGCUCAAGAAAUUGUCUAGUUUUAA